AUGAUCCUCCAAACCAUGCAACGCCACCUCGAGCAUUCCGCCUUCCAAUUUGUUCAAAAAUGGCUUUUACCACAGCCUUUGGCUGUUGGCUGGACAUGCCCCGAGGUGCUGGAGCUGCAUAAGUUCUUCAAAUUCUUAGCUAAGAACCGAUUGAAGAUCUCGUCUGAGAAAUGCCGUGCAAACAUCACCACUGUUCAGAACUUGUGCCAUUCCAUCGCUAGCAUCCGCCACGCCGCUGUUCAUCGCUUGACCCAAGACAGAGAUAGUCUGCUUGAGAUGGUUUAUGCCGCCAUCGAAUUUUGCCUUUGCAUCGGCGAGAGUCCUGACGCAGAGGGUCCCGGUCACUUCUUCCGGUUCCUACAGAACACCCUCCCGAAACAACCCAUCAUACUGUCGCACGUCCGAAACCAUCGAAUGGGCAUACUGGGACGAUUAUGCGGAACUAGACCUCACACCUAUGGAAGUCAAUCAAAAGUCUCGGCCUAA